CGAUACAUUAACAGAUUGUUUCCCUGCGGAAGGAAACUACCAACACGCCGUGCGUCGAGUCAAAUGACCGGUGUUUGGGUUGCUACAGCUGAUCUGACCCAGGGCGGAGUGUGUAUUGGGAGAGCAGAGUAGAGAGCCUGUCUGCUACCAUGAUUCUGUCAGGACGAGCAGCCUCAGUAGCAACAGCAGCUCACCUAUCUGCCUCCACUCAAGUCCUGACUGGCCCCCUCUGGCUCUCUGCUGUGGUUGGAUGCUCACACUGUGUGGUGACCAGGUGGAUUUUGGGAAAUGUAGUUCUACCUGAGAAGAGAGCCUACAGCUCCUCUGGUGUCUACAGGACAGCUGUAGCUACAGGAUGGAGCAGUAGGCCAGUGUUCACCCGUGCCCCUGCCUAUGGAGAUAAACUAGCCAUAGUGGACAGCAGUGGUAGUCACAGCUACAAACAGCUGUACGACAGCAGUACCAGCCUGGCCAGGAAGAUCACCUCUGCCCUGGGCUGCCCUUCAGGUGACCUGGAAGGGAAACGGGUCUCCUUCCUGUGUGCCAACGAUGCUUCCUACACAGUCGCCCAGUGGGCUGUAUGGAUGUGUGGUGGGACGGCCGUGCCACUCUACCGGAAGCAUCCGCCGUCGGAGCUGGAGUACAUUGUUUCGGAUUCCCAGACGUCCCUGCUGGUGGCGGGGGUCCCAUAUGGGGAUACCCUGAAGCUGCUGGCACAGGGGAUGGGGCUGCCAUGUCUGCUGCUGCCCCCCUCCUCCAACCUGGACACCCUGGAGGAAGCGGAUCUGGUUGAGGCUGGCGCGGGCAUCAGGGACUGGGCACAGCGGCCUGCCAUGAUUAUCUACACCAGUGGGACCACGGGAAGGCCUAAGGGAGUGCUUCACACACACAACAGCAUCUUGGCCAUGGUAAGGGGUCUCGUGUCAGAGUGGGCGUGGUCCAGGGAUGACGUCAUCCUGCACACCCUGCCCCUGCACCACGUGCACGGGAUCGUCAACAAGCUGCUGUGUCCUCUCUGGGUGGGCGCCACCUGUGUCAUGCUGCCUGACUUCCAUCCCCAGAAGGUAUGGGACCUUCUCCUCAGUAGUCGGCCUCCCGUGGUCAACGUCUUCAUGGCGGUGCCCACCAUCUACUCCAAGCUCAUCCAACACUACGAGCAGAACUUCACCAGGCCCCACGUCCAGGACUUCAUCAGGGCGGUCUGCAAAGAGAGGAUCAGGCUGAUGGUAUCGGGCUCGGCCGCCCUCCCCCAGCCCACCCUCCAGCGCUGGGAGCAGAUCACCGGACACACACUCCUGGAGCGCUACGGUAUGACCGAGGUGGGCAUGGCUCUCUCCAAUCCCCUCAACGGACCCCGCAUCCCAGGUGCAGUCGGUGUCCCUCUUCCAGGAGUGGAGGUGUGCAUCGUCAUGACGAACGCUACCAGCACCACCAUCGCUGAGGGCAACAGUGCAGAAACCAAGGUACGCCCUGGUCUGGAGGGGAAGGAGGGGGAGUUGAGGGUGAGGGGAGCGUCGGUCUUUCAGAUGUACUGGAACAAACCCCAGGAGACCAAGGAAAGCUUCACUACUGACGGCUGGUUCAAGACAGGGGACACCGCGGUGUUCAAGGACGGGGUCUACUGGAUCAUGGGCCGCACCUCUGUCGACAUCAUCAAGAGCGGAGGCUACAAGAUCAGCGCUCUGGAUGUGGAGCGCCACCUACUGGCUCAUCCGGACAUCCUAGACGUGGCUGUUAUUGGUGUUCGGGAUCCCAUCUGGGGUCAGAAGGUCACCGCCGUGGUGCAGCUGAAGAGGGGGCGGAGCCUUACCUUGGCCGAACUGAAGGUCUGGGCCAGGGAGCAUAUGGCCCCCUACACCAUCCCGACAGGGAUCAUCGUGGUGGAGGAGAUGCCAAGGAACCAGAUGGGCAAAGUCAACAAGAAGGACCUGCUCCGGACCGUCUCCCCCAGCUAGGAGGAUGACAUCACUUCCUGUGGAGAACAGCACUUCCUUUUGCCAUCCCCUCCCCUCUAACCAAGACAGAGCCCAGUCAUUUUAGCUGUCUUUUUCCAAUGCCCAUCCUCUCUAGCUGUCCUGCGGAGAAACGCACACUCAAGUAUGCUCCUAAGAGUGACCCAGAACAGGAUGAUUAAAUGGAUGAUGAGUGGUGCUGUUGUGAUAAGAUGAUGAUGAUUUUCACAACACUGCCGUGUAUAAACUGACUGCGCCAAUCAUCAACAUGCUGUAGGCACACCGGGAGAUGAAUGAUAAUACUGACACAAAUAGACAUUAAGAAACAGUGUGAUCAAAGCUGUAAAACACACGUUGAGUUUAUGUACACUGGAAGAGGAUGUAGAAGGCUGUAAUAGUCUGCUUUCAGAUAGAUUCCCUUGGAGUGUCAACUGCUGUACGUUUAUUUUAACGUGUAAUAUAUCGAUGAAGUAUUCUUGAGUUGCGGUUGUCUGAUUUAAGAGCCCGUACUGUGUGUGCCUUAAUGUGAAUGUACAUGUGUGGGCGACAGAGGUAGCUCGCGUGCACAAGCAGCUGUGGUUACACAGGUGUGAUGAGAGCCUGGAGGCAGAGAGUCUCUCCAGAUACUCUCUACAACAGCUGGAUGUGCCAUCAUCGGCAUCCUUUCUUCUCCCUUUCUCUCUCUCUCUCUC